AUGACAAGGAAAGCCACACCUAGCAACGGCCUAUCCCUCCGGUUUGAGGCAGACGAGCCGGAACCCAACAACAAAUUCCAGCUGAACCGCAAACAACGUCGUAGCCUUGGCCACCUCAUAGUCACAACUCCAGAGACAGAGCGCCCGAUAACUCUAUUUUGCGCUGGUCUUACUGUUGUUGGAAGAGGACGAAACACUGUCCUACAGGCAUUAAGGUCUGGAUUGUUCGAACUCGUGCAAUCUGGCAAGGAAGAUGCAGGUGUUGUUAUGCUGCUAUCUGUCACGUCACGUCAGAAAGGCCAGUAUAACAUACCCUCAACGUCAUUCCCACAGUAUCGGGAAGUUUCGAUUAGCGUGUUGACUGAAACAACGCAUGUUUUGUGGAAAGAGGUCUUGCGACCAGACUAUACAUACGGUUUACGGUUGUCGGAGAAAGCUGGUGAGGUGUUCGCAUGUUAUACGGAUGAAUUGGAAGGUGGAGCUGAGGACCUUUCAUCAGCGCAGAAGCUGCCCGUUCAUCGUGAAGAUGGUGGCACAUACUACUUCACCGUUUACGACGAUCCAGCGCCUCCAAAACUCUUCGCCAGGUUGGAGAUGCCCAGCAAAGCUUAUCUCAAUGGUCCAGACCCCUUCACCCUCGUCAUCGAGUACACAACCGACAGCGACGAGCCCUUCGUGUUUGAUAAAUCACGCUCUCCACUUUCAGUCACCAAUCUCUGCACCGGAUUCAAUCUGCACUGCAUCGACCAACUGAUUGACUGCCGAGACAAUGAUACCAGGGAGAAGGUUGAGUGGGGUGCCGUCUUUGUCUGCUACGAUUACGAUCCCCAUCCGAUAUUUCCGGACGAUGAUGACUUUGUAGAGAUUUCGGCGGGGAAGCCGUGGCGAUUUGAAUGUACUUUGGAACAACUGGGCAACGAGAUGGAAUAUGUUCGCAGUAUGGAAGGGCUGAAGGCUGGUCGCACGUAUAAGGCUCGGGUUCAUGGGCCUCCGAGAUUUAGUCGGUGGCAGUAUGGAAGAAAAGAGGAUUUGCUGGCUGGGACGCGAGAAGAGAAGAUGGAGAUGUGGGAGGUAGACAUGGAGAAGUUGGGUUACCUGGAUGUGAAGAGGAUUGAGGAAGGCGUGUAUUUUGAGAAUAUUGCGUGA